AGGUUUCUUAUUGCUGUUAGAAAGAAUCAGCAACAGGCUGGAUUUUGUUCUUUGUACUUGGACUGGGAUAGCACACUUUGGCAGUGACCAGUCUUGUCAUUUUUAAGAGUGAGUCUGUCACUGCCAGGGCAUUUUCUUGGAUCCAUUCCUGUCCUCGAGCAGCUCAACAGUUGGAGUGCGAUUGGGAGUGGAGUGGCAUGAUGACUGUAAAGGCAAUGUGGCUGUGGAGGAUGACACUGGCAUGUCCAGGCUCUCCAUGGAGUCAGAAAGGGUUCGGUUGGUUUCGUGCUGUGGACAGAGGACAUAACGGUUGGGGUGGUGGACCUCCAUUGUAGUCACAGACUCCAGGCCUUUCAAGCAGAGAGGGGAUGAGCGUCCAGUGGGAUCCCGACCACCAACGGCUCCGAGCUCCAUGGAGGACUCGUCCAUGUUCACGUAUAGAAUCUCAUCUGGAUCUUGUGGGUCUGGCAGAUCCUCCAGGGCUUUUUCUAGCUCACAGCGCAGUGACUCGAAUGAUGGACGAUCUUUUGGGCUCAGCAGCCAGCAGGAGAACAUCAGGGAAUAGCUGGUUUCUGUGCGUACCAGAGAACAUACCCUAUCUAGGGCCUAUUAAUGGAGGGCUGAGGGAAGGGAUGUCCAUCUAUAUCCAGGGGACCAUUCCUAAGCACAUCAACAGGUUCUUUAUCAACCUGAUUUGUGGAGAAUAUGAAUCCAGCGACAUUGCCCUACACUUCAACCCUCGAUUUGAUGGCUGGGACAAGGUGGUCUUCAACACCUGUCAGAAUGGAUCCUGGGGGUCAGAGGAGAAGAUUCACAGGAUGCCUUUUAGAAAAGGAGAGCAUUUUGAAAUGGUCAUCAUCGUUAAUUUUCAGGGCUAUCAGAUUAAAGUAAAUGGGAUUGAUUUCCAUACUUUUCAACACCGCAUUCCUAUGGAGCAAGUUCGUGGGCUGCAGAUUGCAGGAGAUGUUUCCAUCCAGAUGAUUAAUUUUAUUGGGGGUGGAAUGGGAGGAGGAAUGGGAGGAGGAUAUCCAGGAGGUGGCAUGGGGGGAGGUUACCCAGGUGGCAUGGGAGGAGGAAUGGGACCAGGAGGAUUUCCAGGAGGUGGCAUGGGGGGAGGUUACCCAGGUGGCAUGGGAGGAGGAAUGGGACCAGGAGGAUUUCCAGGAGGUGGCAUGGGGGGAGGUUACCCAGGUGGCAUGGGAGGAGGAAUGGGACCAGGAGGAUAUCCAGGAGGUGACAUGGGGGAUGGAUAUCCAGGAGGAAUGGGAGGUGGAAUGGGGGGCGCCUUUCCAGGCUCAAAUCUGCCGGGUAUGAGUGGGCAGCCAGUCUACAACCCUCCUGUGCCUUACUCCAGCAUCAUCCAAGGAGGGAUGUUCCCUAAGAGGACCAUCGUCAUCAGAGGCAUGGUUCCCUAUGGAGCACACAAAUUAAGCAUCAAGUUUUUGGUGAGCAGAUCUCGAGAUGUCGCUUUCCACAUUCAUCCAAGAUUCAGGGAAGGAAUUGUUCUAAGAAACAGUAUGAUUGGAGGAAACUGGGGCCAGGAGGAGAGAGAAAUGAGCAUGAAUCCAUUUAUGGAGGGCCAGUACUUUGAUAUGUCAAUCCGUUGUGGGAACCAGAGGUUUAAAGUGUUUGUGAACGGGCAGCACCUGUUUGACUUUUUCCAUCGCUGGCAGUCCUUCAAUGAGAUUGACAUGCUGGAGAUAGAAGGCGAUGUGCAGAUCUCCUACAUCCACUUCUGAUACCACAAACCAAAAAAAAGAAAGAAAUUGUGCAACUUUCAAAAAAUGUUAUUUUUUUAAAUAACAUAUUUCAAAAAUAUCUCACCCACAGAGUUGCUUAUCUCAGUUUCUUACCUGCUUUGAGAUCAGAUAUCUCAAUAAGAUCAAAUGUAACCUCAGUAUCUGCUGUAUUGUUUAUACCCAGUUAACUGAAUUAAUAAAUCAUUAAUCAUU